GUUCGUGAGGUGAAGCGAGCUGGUGAAAGCCUGCUGGGACUUGUAGUUUCCCUAGCUGUUGUUUCAGCACCGGGUCGUCCAUGUAACACUAUGGAAUUUUUGGUUGUGAUCCACUUGGCCUCCCAAGAAGAAUGGUUCCCAUGCUGGCCGGGUUCUUAUUGGCCUUCUUAUAGGCAAGUUGUCAGGACCGUCUAUCUUACGGAAGUCUGGAAGGUAAAUGAUAAAACAAAAAUGGCCACGCAGGUAGAUAUUACCUUGGCAGUACUACUUGCACUAUUUUUGCCAUCCAGCUGGUCCUAUUGCAGAGAAAAAUGAUGACACAGCAGAGUGAUUAUGGCGGAAACAGAAAAACUGCAGCAGGAAAUGCAAUGUGUGCCUCAGGAGAGCUGUAUAAAUGCUGUAUAUAUCCUGACCCCAUACAGAUAAUAGCAGUAUACAGACCACUAGGGGUCCCCAUACCAUCUGGAACGUAGUCCUGUCCGGCUGCAGCAUCAUCUUUUUCCCAACUGAACCACAGGCUGAGACAAAGUCUAGGAAGUAAUGGCAGGACCAGCACUCCUCUGUGCUCACUCCUUUCCUAUCAGACUGCAGCAUGAAAACAGAGAGGAAGGGGUUACAGAGCAGCCUGCAGUGAUUGGAUGAAGAUACCCAGCACAGCACAGCAGACUCAGGGAGAACUUUAACACAUGGUUGUAGUCCCGGCCUCCUCCGCCAUCAGGUUGUAGUCCCGGCCUCCUCCGCCAUCAGGUUGUAGUCCCGGCCUCCUCCUCCAGCAGGUUGUAGUCCCGGCCUCCUCCGCCAUCAGGUUGUAGUCCCGGCCUCCUCCGCCAUCAUGUACUGUUUACAAUGGCUGCUCCCGGUGCUCCUCAUCCCGAAGCCUCUGAACCCGGCCCUCUGGUUCAAUCACUCCAUGUUCAUGGGCUUCUACCUCCUGAGCUUCUUACUGGAGAGGAAGCCGUGCACCAUCUGCGCCUUGGUCUUCUUGGGCCUCUUCCUUAUCUGCUACAGUUGUUGGGGCAACUGCUUCCUGUAUCACUGCAGCGGGGGGCAGCUCCCAGAAUCGGCCCAUGACCCGGCCGUGGUGGGCACCUAGAUGGGGCUGCACAAUCAUCUUGCCCACGGAUUGCUGCUUUUUUGCCAGGGACACGACACAGCUUGCACCACUGUGUCUGGAGGACUAUACUGGGACUACAGGGACGUGACAUUAAAUUAAGAAGGUUUUUGUGCAAUGGAUCCCCCCUUUUCCCUGUAAUCAUGGAGGUGGGCAGAGACAGCGGCACGACCAUCCCCUGGUAUUAUCCUGCUGGGGGGGUCUUUUUACCUACAUGUAUUAUGGGGGGGCUCUACCAGCUCUUGGUCAUGUUUACGUCUCUUCUGUCAUUUUCUGAUACAGUGAGUGCCCUGCUCCCCUCCCCCCCCCCCCCCCCCCCCCCACAAAUCUAACAGCACCGCAGCGGUGUCACCGGGCACCAUAUUCGCCAGGGGGUCUCAGAGGUGGAGGUUUUGUGGGCUCCUGCGUCGCUAAUGCUGCAUGUUUCCUAGUGAAUUGAUAGAUUUGCACUGUGUGUACGUCGGAUCAGUCCACAGACGUAAAGCAGGACACGUGCCGGCUGGGAUUUGUAGUCCUGUGGAUGUGUGUACGGACCAGGAGAUUUUAUCCUUUUUGUGUUGGGGCGAAAAAAAACAAAACUAAAUAAAGCUUUAUUAAUCAUGAUCUGGACACGUGUCCUGUGCAAACAA